CGACUUUCUCCGCCACCAGUCAUGUUUCGCAAGCGUUUCUCUAAACGACUGGCUAGUGUUGGGUCAUGCCUCUGCCCCAAGCUCGGUCGGAACGGCAAACUGCCAUCCAGCCCCACCGCAGCGCCCCAUCGCAAAAAAGUGCCCAAGGAGCCCACGACGCAGCACCAGACCGUGACACGCACCACCCCACGGCCUGACGGCCCCCGAGCAAGCUGGCACAAAGUCGCCCCAAACCAUGGGGAUGACGACUCAGACGACUCAGAGGUUCCGACUACUCGGGCCUCAGUGCAGACUCUGAGGAGGAGCAGUUGGCCGAGGAGCUGGGACCAGAGGAGGCCGUGUGCCUCACAGUCAAGGAGGUCACCGUCAAGUCACGAACCCAGUCUGAGACUGAAGAGGACGCUGAGAAGGGCGAGGAGUCCGCCGAGAACACUCUGCUCGACGAGAACACUCUGCUCGACCAAACGAUUGAGCUCUACGUGGAGACAGUCCUCUUCGGUGACCAGAAAGAGGACGACACAGACCACAGCAUCCACCACGCACCAGUCCCAGUCUCUAAAGCACCAUCGCUCUCGGGUACCCCGGCUGCCGGGCCGUCUGUCAACGAUGCCAUGGACGCCGCCACGUCCCUGAAGCACCCGUGGGCCACGACGCUCGAGAAGGUGCCUGCCAGCCCCAGUACGAUACCCAUGGAGGUCGUCUGCGCGCACAGUAAGGUCACAAUUAAGGAGACAGAGGUGCCAAAGGGCGCCGAGGAUCGAAGAAAUGCCGCCCUCAAGAAGCUCGAGGCCAAGAAGAUCUUUUCCAACGUCUAUGGGCCGGCGUCGGGGAAGCUGCUGCCCGAGUACUCCAGGCCCGACAAGCGCCUUUCCACCACGCCAUCGCGCUUCUACGGCAAGAGCGACCAGGCUAAGAAGGGGCUCGAUGAGCUGCGGGCGCUGGCACGGGAGCAGGUUGCCGAGGGGAAGGCACCCGAGCAUCAGCAGCAGCAGCAGCAGCAGCGGCAGCAGAGUGGCAACGGCAUGAAGCCCGGCAUGAAGCCCGAGGACACGUCCACCUACGGACGCACACACAAACACAAAAGGACGCCCGAGUCCCCCAACCUCGUGACCAACAACCAGACGACGUCAGGCGGCACACAGACCACAUCAGGCGGCGGGUCAUCGCCAUCGAGUCGCGCGGACAUCGAGCAGCCGGCACCUAGGAGCUGGCUGGAUAUGGGCAAAGACCUCUACAGAGACGUCUACAAUGCGGCCGUGGAGGCGGGUCAAGACAUCAUGGAUUUCCCACUUGUGCUGCAGGAGCUCCAGAACAUGUACGCUUCCCAGGAAUGGUAAGCAGGGGGCACGACAAGAGACUCAAGAGAGAGAGACAUAUCAUGACGGCCCACACACGCGUCUCCCUUCCUCCCUCCCUCUCCGUGUGUACGCAGUUGUAUCGAGGAGACUAAAAAGACUGGCGUCCGGUUUGCCAUGUAUGAGCAUGGAACAGACAAGCGGCCAAUCGGGCCUGUGCCCAUCAGUGAGAUCCGCACCUACGAUGUCGACGAACUUCCUCAAACGGUCCCGCUCGAAGAGCUUGGUAAGUCUCAUCACCACAAUCACCACGGUCGCCGGUGACUCAUCUCUCCUGCUGUGCCGUGUCCUUUCUGUGUGCCUCCAUACAGACCCGCACGCACAAUACUGGCAACUGAAAUGGGAGAAGCAGUGCAGAGACAACAAAUGGGAGAGUUGGGGCUUCGGUCGCUUCGCGCGGCAGUUCGGCAGACUGUUCACCUCACCGAGCUAGGCGCUGAAGGGCCGGCCAGUGGGUCCGCAGCAAGGCAGCACAGGCUCAGCCAAGAGUCCCCAGGCUCCCCUCAAAUCCAUCCUAAGGAAGGUCGACCCACUGCAAGUGAAGCACUGGAUGGCGUGUGAUCCCAAAGACCUGGGAGUGGAUGAUGCUGAGUACGUGCGAGGCUGGGUGGGAUUGGACAUCAACCUGGGCCGAUGUGAGCCAGCGCAUGCGACAAGGGGCAUCGCGAGGUACCAUGCAAUGCGGUCGUCGGGAUGGUGCCCGACGGCGAUGCACGAGCCGCAGCCUGUGGCGAUCAACGAGCGGUCAGCCCUCUUCUGAGGAGACAAGUGCAUGUGUCUCCCUUUGCAACAAGGCCGUACAUUGGUCCUUGUGUGUGGUUGGACUAAGACGUCACGAGAUAGCCUCUAGCUUGUCUCGCAGACGAUCUUCGCGCAUGUGUUAUUGGGUGUUCUCUAUGACGACUUGUUCCACCAACGAAUGGACGUGAAUGCAUGGAAUGCCAAUACAUCUGGCGCACUGCCUGGCAGGCAACUACAACUACCCCCCAGUCCAGUGUAUGUGAGCAGUUGUGCAGUCAGGAC